AUAGCUUAUGUUGAGAAGUGUUAAAACAAGUUACUAGUAUCUAAUAACAAUUUCUUACACUAUGAGACUGGCUAUAGGGAGUUUGGAAUAUAAUUGUGUGAACCCUUUCCUGUGGAGAGACCACUGUUUCUCAGAACCACUGUUUUUCUACUAAGGAGAAAGGCCCUAACAUGGCGUUGGUCUUCAGCCUGUCCACUCUCAUGUUUCUCCUCAUCACUGGGAUGGAGACAUCCAAAAGUCUAAGUCAGUGCUCAGAGUUGAAGGUAAUCCAGGUGGAAUCUGGGAAGGAUGCAGUCCUAGAGUGCUCUGUGAAGUUCAGUGCGGAAUCCCCUGGUAAUGUAAACAUAGAGCGGAUCCAGUUGUGGAGGCUGCACCAGAAUGGUAGUCACAAAGGUGAACCWGUGUUCAAAUACACUCAACAAUCCUCCAAUCCCAGGAUGCCGCAGAGACAAAAAUAUCAGCAUUCCAUGCCACCUGCCAAUGAGAAAGACAAAGUUGUGUCCCUGUUGGUCAAAGAAACCCAGCCUGAAGAUGAGGGUCCGUAUGAGUGUGUGGUGAACACUGACAGUGGAAACACAAAUUGUAACUUCAUGCUGGAGGUCACAGUACGAGACCAGCCCCAGGUUCCUGAAAAUGCUGCGAAUCAAAAGGAAAUUCCAAAGAACAGUUACAUGAGUGUGGCUGCUGUAUUUGUGGUAGUAGGCUCUCUUGCCAUUGGACUGCUGCUUCUCAAGCUGUUUCAAGCCAGAAGACUCAGACAACAUGAAUCCUUGAUACCAGAGGACUCUGUUGUGCCAGAAGAGCCUGAGGAUACAGCAGUCCCAGCAGAGCACGACCCCAGCACCAGGACAGGACUGUUUCCGUAGCGACAGAUGUAUUAUCAGGGGUGCCAUGGGCUCUCUUCCCUGUAGGUGUCAUGUCUGCUCUGUCUCUCACGUCACAUCGCUAACUGAAUGUGAAUGCUUUGCCUGGAGGAGGGAGCAAUCUGGCACAACACUAUUCUGUUCCCCCUCUGCAGGAGAAAUGGAGUGCAUGCAUUGUCCUGCUACCAAGCUAAUUGUUAACAGCAUUGUCUGUAGUUGUUAAUCACACCAGACUAUUCUUUCAUAAUUGUUUUAUAUAUUGUAACUAAAACCUGAAAUGAGUCUAUCGAAUGCACAUAUUUAGUGGACAUUGAUUUGAUAGUUAAGACACUAGUGUGAAACAGUAGCAGUGUGUGAAAUUGAUCUUGACAGAACACAUUUAUUUUGUGCAUCACAAUUUGAAUAAGUAAUUUAUUCAGAAGCCAAUAUUGUGUUUUAGUUGACAAAUGCUUCAGUGUUCCAUUAGGCCAUGUUUUUUAUUGUUACAAAGUGGGAUUCAAAUUUAUUGAAUUGUAAUUUUUUUGUCAACAAUCUACAUAAAAUACUCUGUCAAAGAUGAAUGAAAAAUAACACAAAAAUACUGUAGUGACCCGAACAGCUGUGUUAUGUAUUAUGCUGUUCGUUGGUUUUGUUGUACUUACCAGUACCCAGUGUUCGCGGGGUCCGACAUGCCAGUCAAUCUGCUAUCUGCCAACCACGGGAAUGCCUGGAAUGUUCUUGUGCCGGGCAUCCUGGUGGCUGGUGGAGCGGCAGGGGGGUGGAGCAUCGCAAGUUUAAGGCCAUGUUUAGCCAUUGUUCUCUCUCUUACGUCUGGUCUUCACAAGAGAUAGUCACGGUUGUUUUAUACGGAUAUCCUUCAUUUAUUUGGCGUGGGCUACGGCCGAACAGUAGCCUGUGUUGAGUUGGGUUAAUUAACCGUGAAUUCGUAAACUCAAUCCUCUGUCUGAACAAUUGUUCCUUUAGAAUCUAGCCAGGUCAUUACAAUACCUUUAAGUAUUCAACCCCCUGAGUCGAUACAUAUUAGAAACACCAGCUGUGGGUCUUCUUGGGUAAGUCUCUUAAGAGCUUUGCACACCUGUAUUGUGCAAUAUUUGUCCAUUAUUCUUUUCAUAAUUCUUCAGGUUUUGGGGAUCUUGGCUAGACAGCAAUUUUCAAGUCUUGCCACAGAUUUUCAAGCAGAUUUAAGUACAAAACUAACUUGGCCAGUCAGGAACGUUAACUGUCUUCUAGGUAAGCUACUCCAGUGUAGAUUUGGCCUUGUGUUUUAGGUUAUUGUCCUGCUGAAAGGUGAAUUCCUUGACCAGUGUCUGGUGUAAAGCAGACUGAAGCAGAUUUUCCUCCAGGAUUUGACCUGUGCCGAGCUCCAUCCCGUUUCUUUUUAUCCAGUAUUUGCCGACGUCAAGCAUACCCGUACCAUGAAUCAGCCACCUACAUGCUUGAAAAGUGUUUUUUUGCAGUAUUACUUUAACGCCUUGUUGCAUACACGAUGCAUGUUUUGUAAUAUAUUUUAUUCAUAU